UUGACGUUGAUAUUUAAAAUGGUUACUGUAGGUAAGCGUUAUGUUUAGGUAAAAGGGUAGGGACGUCUCAAGGAUCCCAGAUAGCAAUAAUUGGUGCUGCUGCGUCAUCAGAAGCGUUCUCACGCAUGUGUCUCCGCUUAAGCGGUCGAAGUGUCAGUAGCAAAAGAAAACCAGCUUCAGUCCACUGCUAGCCCCGACCACCGCAAGGACACAGGGCACAUAAACAGUAGAAUGGCUGCGUUUUCGAGCAGGGUAAUGCUGGGGCCUCUCGUUGCUGCCAUCGACCAGGGAACGAGCUCGACGCGUUUCCUGGUGUUCAAUGCUAAAACAGCCGAGCUCCUCAGUCACCAUCAGGUUGAGAUCAACCAGAGUUUCCCCAAGGAAGGGUGGGUGGAGGAGGAUCCCAAAGAGAUCCUGCAGUCUGUGUACGAGUGUAUGGAGAGAACCUGUGAGAAACUCACCCAGCUCAACGUUGACAUCUCCAACAUCAAAGCCAUUGGAGUGACCAAUCAGAGAGAGACGACGUUGGUUUGGGACAAAGAGACGGGCGAGGCCCUCUACAAUGCUAUCGUGUGGCUGGACCUGCGGACCCAGUCGACCGUGGAGCGUCUGAUCAACAAGACACCUGGGAGAAACAAGAACCAUUUGAAGCACAAGACGGGUCUCCCAAUCAGUACGUACUUCAGUGCUGUGAAGCUUCGCUGGCUGAUGGAUAAUGUGGACGAGGUCGCUGAGGCAGUUCUGACACGCAGAGCCAUGUUCGGUACCGUUGACUCCUGGCUCAUCUGGUGUCUGACAGGGGGGAAGAGUGGGGGAGUCCACUGCACAGACGUGACCAACGCCAGCAGGACCAUGCUGUUUAACAUCCACACCCUGGACUGGGACCCAGAGCUCUGCAAGUAUUUUGAUAUUCCAAUGGAGAUUCUCCCAAAAGUGAGGAGUUCCUCAGAAAUCUACGGCUUAAUGAAGAUAUGUUCUAGCCUGAAAUCGGGCUGUCUUAGUGGCAUACCCAUCUCAGGGUGUCUUGGGGACCAAUCGGCUGCUCUUGUUGGACAGAUGUGCUUUCAGGAAGGGCAGGCCAAAAACACAUAUGGAACGGGCUGCUUUCUACUCAGAAACACUGGGGCCAAGCCUGUCAUGUCGGAGCAUGGCCUACUAACCACGGUGGCGUACAAAUUAGGUCGAGACAAACCUGCCUGCUACGCACUAGAGGGCUCAGUGGCCAUAGCGGGGGCUGUGGUUCGCUGGCUGAAGGACAACCUGGGGAUCAUUCAGACUUCCACAGAGCUGGAGAAACUGGCAGCUUCAGUGGGCACGUCGUACGGUUGUUACUUUGUCCCGGCGUUCUCUGGUCUGUACGCCCCCUACUGGGAGCCCAGUGCACGAGGGAUAAUCUGUGGUCUGACUCAGUUCACUAACAAGAGUCACCUGGCCUUCGCUGCGUUGGAAGCUGUCUGUUUCCAGACUCGAGAGAUCCUGGAUGCGAUGAACCAGGACAGUGGCAUCCCUCUGACCCAGCUCCAGGUGGAUGGGGGCAUGACCUCCAACAGACUACUGAUGCAGCUGCAAGCUGAUAUACUCUGCAUCCCCGUUGUGAAGCCCUCCAUGCCUGAGACCACUGCCCUGGGGGCGGCCAUGGCUGCAGGGGCAGCAGAGGGGGUCAGUGUCUGGAGCCUGCAUCCUGAGGACCUCAGUGAGGUCACCUCUGAGAAGUUUGAGCCACAAAUCAACCCUGAAGGUCAGGGAGCCUAUGAGAGUGAGUUUAGAUAUGCUCGCUGGAAGAAGGCUGUACAGAGAGCCAUGAACUGGGAAACCACUGAACCCAUCUCUAAUGGAAAUGGUGAAACUAGUAUCUUCAGUAGUGUCCCACUGGGCUUUUACAUUCUGGGUAGCAUGUUAAUGUUAAUUGGAGCAAAAUACAUCGCAGGCCACAAGUAGACUGUGGCCCGUGAUGCAUUGCGGCGGAUCAGAAGAAGGUGCGGGGCCAAGAAAGGACACAUCCUGCUAUUCUUCAGUUUUACUGGACCACUCCCUCCCCGUUCCUUUGGUUGAAUGGCCAAAACAAACAUUCCAUGUCAACGCUCCAAUCCAACCGUUACCUGGAAACCAACUGUUGGCCUGGAGCCCAGUGGCUGAUGGGAACUGUAGUGUGGAAUGGACCCAGUAUGAAUAAAUCUGGUGUUUAGGAAUGAUGUUGCUCUAGAUCCUAAUGGACACUGCGCUUCUUGUGUUACUGAGUGAAUGGGGGGGUGUAGUGACUGUGGGGUGGUGAAUAUGGGUUGUGUAUGCAAUAUCUAUCCAUGUCAUUUUUGGCUCCUUGUUCCUUGUCAACGAUAUUCACUAAUGUAGAGCAAUAACGUUGGGAGAACUCGUUCUCACAAUGAACUGCAAUGUGGGUUUCUGGAGCACUUAGAUUUUGUUCUGGGUUUGUCUAGUAUGUAAAUGGUCUGAGAGAGAGAACUUUUAUAACCCUCUUUGGUUGAACCCACUGCCUGCUGAGACCGUUUGGGUUGGAGAGCAGAACUUGAGUCUCGUGGCCCCAAGAAAUGGUAAUGCAGGGUUAUUGUAAAGGACUAGUCUUUGUGUAAAGAAAGCUUUGGUUACUUUUAUAAGUUGCCAUGUAUAUAUAGACAGACUGUUUAAGGAUGUAGUUGCCCCUAUGCACUGAUCUGGGGGGGGGUUUAGUGUUCCCCCCUAUGGAGGACUAGGGUAAGGUAAGCUGAUCCUAGAUCUGUGCUCUGGGGAAACUUAACUUCUAAGUGAGGGUUUGUCCCAUAUGGUACACUGUUCUCUAUGUAGAGUAUAACCUUUGACCAGGACUCAUUUGGGACGCAGCCUGAGUAAGGGACCCAUUGUUUAUGAUUUAAUGUACCAAAAAGAAGUGACACUCUGGCAACUGAAUACUACUGUAAAUGUGGCCUUUGAAUGCAUUGUCCAGAGUAAGCAUUUUAAACAUGCAAACACAGUAAGUAAAAUUGAUAUGAACGGUUUCGGUUUGGAAGACGAGACUUUAAAGACAGAAUUCAAUCCAUAUCUUAGAUCUGCUGGAUUGAAAUUUAAAGGCAAUGUUCAGAGACUGCAUUCACGGUAUACGUCGACUCAAUUACCUUUGCAUUUUGACACGGAUUGAAUCCAGCAAGGCAGCACAAUUCUUGCUUCUGACUACUGAUUCGAGUCUUCCUUUAAAUAUACGUGUAAGUACUUGAAAUUCUUCCCCUUUAAUAUGAAGUAACAUGGAGACCAGUAUUGUUCUGAAAGGAACUUUCAAGCCACUCGAGGGUCAAUUGAUUUUUGGUUACUAUUGUCAUCAGGUAUGAUUUUGCAUCUAGCUGACCCCUGUACUGUGUAUAUUUCUCAUGUGGUGUAUAUUAUGAGAAACAACCAGUUGUCCAAACCUGCAUCUCAGGGUUAGGAAAAUGACAUUCAUUUGGAGAAAUAAAAUUGUUUAUUUUAGUAUC